AUGCCCAGUGACAAGGCAGCGGCCGCUGCUCGCACGCCAGCAAAGGCCGCCCGGCCAGCUGCGGCAGCCGCCUCCUCGACCAAGCAGAAAUCCAUCAUGUCCUUCUUCCAAAAGUCGUCGCCCGUCCCGGCGCCCUCCGCACCCCGCGAAAAGGUCUCGUCCGAUCACCAGCACUCCUCCCCUCUCAAAGAGACAAAGGCCAACUCUCUGCCCAAGGCGAAGCCCUCCACAAAGCUCUCCACCCCGCUGCCCUCCAGCGAUGCGCCAGAGCCCCCGAGCUCGCAGGAGAACAUGGAGUCGACCGCCAAGCGGACCACGAGCAGGUCUAUCAAGGCCUCGGAUAGCGACAUGGCGCCCAGCAGCCCAGUUAGAAAGGGGAAAAGGGCCAUCAACUAUGCCGAGUCCUCGGAUGAGGAUGAACCCUUCGCCUACGGAGCGGCUUCGCAGGCUCGGCGGCGUGGUAGGGCCCGCAACAAUGUUGUCGAAGACGAAGAUGAAUACGGUGGAAGCGAGACGGCUGGGCAAGAGGAAGAGGAUGACAUGGACGACUUUGUUGUAUCAGAUGAAUCUGACGGAGAGACUGCUCGAUCCAAAAAGAGGAAGCGCCCGUCAAAACCCUCGUCGGCGCGCAAACGCACCAAUCUUUUGCCCUCCGCCAAAGAAGAUACGGUGCAAAUCACGACGACUCUCGACGAUAUGGAUCUAGAUGACCUUCCCGCCACCUCCACAGCGAAGCAAUGGUCCUACGAUCCAGACUCUACCGAAAAGCAGCCCGUCGUCACACCGGCGGAUCGAGUCGUGACCAAAGAUCCCAAGGUGAAGGAAAAGGCGUACAUGAAGGAGCCGGACGAGCGUUAUCCUUGGCUCGCUAAUAUUCGAGACAAGGAGAAGCGUCCGCCCACGGAUCCGGAUUAUGACCCCCGUACCAUCUUCAUUCCGCCAGGCGCCUGGGCCAAGUUUUCCCCCUUUGAGAAGCAGUACUGGGAGAUUAAGCAAGACCUCUGGGACACAAUCGUCUUCUUCAAAAAGGGCAAGUUCUACGAGCUUUACGAAAAAGACGCAACCAUUGGCCACCAGGAGUUUGACUUCAAGAUGACGGAUCGAGUCAACAUGCGCAUGGUCGGUGUUCCUGAGGGUUCCCUUGACCAUUGGGUCAACCAGUUCAUCGCCAAGCAGUACAAGGUGGCCCGUGUAGAGCAGAUGGAGACCAACCUGGGCAAGGAGAUGCGAGAACGGCAAGACAAGAGCGGCAAAAAGGCUGACAAGGUCAUCUCUCGAAAGCUGGGCUGCAUCCUGACGGCUGGAACCCUGGUUGAUGGCAGCAUGCUUCAGGACGACAUGGCCGCUUACUGCGUCGCCAUCAAGGAAUCCGUGGUGGAUGACUUGCCAGCCUUUGGCAUCGCCUUCACCGAUACUGCCACUGGCAAAUUCUUUCUCUCUGGCUUCGUGGACGAUGUUGAUCGGACCAAGUUUGAAACAUUGAUUGCUCAGAUUGGCCCUCGCGAGCUUCUACUCGAAAAGUCCGGCCUGUCCACAAAGUCUCUUCGCAUCCUCAAGAAUAACACGAGCCCUACCACCAUCUGGACUCAUCUGAAACCAGGCACAGAAUUCUGGGAUGCCGACACCUCUAGACGAGAGCUCUCCUGUGGCAAGUACUUUCUCAAAGCGGAAGGCGAAGAAGAAGAAGUCUGGCCAGAAGCCCUCCAGGAACUCAAAGACAACGAUCUCGUCAUGUCUGCCAUUGGUGGGCUUGUCUCCUAUCUCCGAUUCCUCAAGCUGGAAGCCCCUCUAUUAUCUCAGGGCAACUUUGAGGUGUACAAACCCAUCCAAAAGAACGGCACCCUUGUUUUGGAUGGCCAGACUCUGACCAAUCUGGAGCUGUUCUCAAACACUGUUAAUGGCAACACUGAUGGCACCCUGUUUGGUCUACUUAAUAAGUGCAUCACUCCCUUUGGCAAGCGUCUGUUUCGCCAGUGGGUUGCUCACCCGCUGUGUGACAUUGCCCGUAUCAACGAGCGUCUGGACGCCGUCGAGCUGCUGAAUGACGAUCCUUCUGUUCGCGAGCAGUUUGCCUCCCAGCUCGUCAAGAUGCCGGAUCUCGAGCGACUCAUUUCGCGCAUCCACGCCGGUGCCUGCAAACCUGAGGACUUUGUCCGCGUCCUUGAGGGCUUCGAGCAAAUCGAGUACACAAUGACUCUUGUUGGUGCCUUCAAGGGUGGGAAUGGCCUGCUUGAUCGGCUGAUCUCAUCCAUGCCCAACCUCGAGGAGCCGCUGGCUUACUGGAGCACGGCAUUCGAUCGACGGAGAGCCAAGGAGGAGAAGCUGAUGAUUCCAGAAAGCGGCGUAGAUGAAGACUUUGACGCCAGUGUGGCUCGAAUCGAAGAGAUCAAGAGUCAGUUGGACGAUCUGCUGGCUGAAAAGAAGACGGAGCUCAAGUGCAAAACCCUCAAGUUUACCGAUAUCGGCAAAGAAAUUUACCAAAUCGAAGCGCCCAAGAGUGUCAAGAUCCCUUCCAGCUGGCGUCAAAUGUCUGCGACCAAGGACGUCAAGCGCUGGUACUUUACCGAGCUCACCACUCUUGUCCGAGAGCUCCAAGAAGCCGAGGAGACUCACUCGCAGCUCAUCCGGGAAGUCGCGUCGCGCUUCUGCAAGAAGUUUGACGUGGACUACGAGACGUGGUUGAAAGCCAUCAAAAUCAUUGCCCAGCUGGACUGUCUGGUCAGCCUUGCCAAGGCAUCCAUGUCGCUUGGAGAGCCCAGCUGCAGGCCGCAGUUUGUCGAGGAGGAGCGCAGCGUCUUGGAGUUCGAGGAGCUGAGACAUCCCUGCAUGAUUAACACGGUUGAUGACUUUAUUCCCAACGACAUCAAGCUCGGUGGUGACCAGGCCAAGAUUAACCUUCUGACCGGUGCCAACGCAGCCGGCAAGUCGACGGUCCUGCGAAUGUCGUGCAUUGCCGUCAUCAUGGCCCAGGUUGGCUGCUUCGUUCCGGCCAGGUCAGCUCGCCUUACCCCCGUGGACCGCAUCAUGUCCCGUUUGGGAGCCAACGACAACAUCUUUGCCGCGCAAUCCACCUUCUUCGUGGAACUCUCCGAGACCAAGAAGAUUCUCGCCGAGGCCACUCCCCGCUCACUCGUCAUCCUCGACGAACUGGGUCGAGGAACGAGCUCAUACGAUGGUGUCGCUGUCGCACAAGCCGUCCUGCAUCAUGUAGCAACCCACAUCGGCUGCAUCGGCUUCUUCGCAACGCACUACCACUCCCUCGCCACCGAGUUUGAGAACCAUCCCGAGAUUCGCGCUCGCCGCAUGCAGAUCCACGUCGACGACGCACAGCGCCGCAUCACCUUCCUGUACAAGCUGGAGGAUGGCGUCGCCGAGGGCAGUUUCGGCAUGCACUGCGCCGCCAUGUGCGGCAUCUCGGACCGCGUCAUUAAGAGAGCUGAGAUUGCCGCAAAGGAAUGGGAGCACACCAGCCGGCUCAAGGACAGCCUCGACAAGGCCAAGACGGGGUGCUACAUUCCGCUGGGCAUUCUUAGCGACGUCGGUUCGCUGCUCGGGGACAAGGGGGACGUGGGGGCCCAGGGGGUGGACGUGUUGCUCAGGGCCAUUGAGAGCCUGUGA